UCAAUUUGAUAUACGUCUAGUUCGCCAGUCAGAUUAGUGUAACCACUUGUAACUUUAAAUUAUUAAAUCCUCAGUUUGCUAAAUAAAUUGUUUUAAAAAAGCAAGUUGGUGAAUUGAGUUAUUUAAUUAGAUUGUUUCCAAAAACGAUAUUUCUUUCUUGUCGGAUGUGGUUGAGUUGUCAAUUUUCACAAGAUUACAAAAAAAGACGAGAGAGUGAGGUUAUUGAUUACAAUAAAGAAAAACCGCGAGAAAGUUUGCGUUGGCUCGUUUCAUCACAAACUUUAAUCAAGUGUUCAAAUUAAAAUACAAAAUGCCUCUUACUAGAAGUGCGACUUCAGGGAAUAAAAAUAAUAACCAAAAAGAAGUUCCUGCUAUCACCAAAAAAACAAAAGGAAAGGGACCAAAAAGAGGAGCAGAAAAAGAUAUUGAAGAUUUGCCACCGAAAAAAAUUGAGAAAAGGGCAGAAAAUGAAGAGCAAUCUGAAGAAAACAACAUUAAGAAGGUAACGAAACAGUCGAAAAUGCAAAAAAAGGUGCAUCAAGUGGAAGGUACACCAGACAUUGAGCAGUGCGAUAAUGAAUCUACAAAAAAUGCUGACACGAUUUAUAAAUUUACUGCUAACGAUAUACAAGGAAAUCCGAUUUCGCUUGAAAAAUACAAAGGUCAUGUGUGUAUUAUUGUUAAUGUAGCUUCAAAAUGUGGUCAUACUAAAAGUAACUAUGAGCAGUUUGUUGAAAUUUUUGACAAAUAUUCCAAAGAAAAAGGACUUCGUAUUCUAGCAUUUCCUUGUAACCAAUUUGGAAAACAGGAACCAGGUGAUAAUGACAAAAUAUGUGAAUUUGCAAAGAAAAAAAAUGUAAACUUUGAUAUGUUUGAAAAAAUUGAUGUUAAUGGAAAAAAUGCCCAUCCAUUAUGGAAAUUUUUGACUGAAAAAAUUAAGGGACCAAAAGGUAACAACAUUGCUUGGAAUUUCACAAAAUUCAUUAUUAACAAAAAUGGUGAAGUUGUGGAGAGACACCAGCCUUCUAAAAAGCCAUUAACAUUGGUAGAUAAUCUAGAAAAGUAUUGGUAAUAUUAUUUGGAUAUUUCAUUGUAAACAUUGGUCACAUACCUUCAUUAUAUAUUUGAUAUUUUAAGAGAUUUUUGUUAUUUGUUUAAAAAAAAUUGAUUAAAUUGUAUAUGUGUAGUUGAAUAAUAUAGAUAUUAGUUACAAUUGUGGGUAUUUAGAUUUCAGUUACCAUUUAUCAUAGACAAGAAUAUAUUGAUUAUUUGAGUUUAAAGAUUCUUUAAAACUAUUCUUUUAUAUAGACAGAUUGUCAAGUUUGGUGAAGGUUAAUAGUUUAUGGUGUGGAAAUCAUGUAUCAUCAACUUAUCUAUCUAUUACAGAACUACAUAUCAAAAAUCAUCAGAAUACUUAACAUUACAUGAUACUAUUUAGAUUUUAUAGAUUAACCAUGUUACAGUAGUAGGAUUUUCUGAAAUUAGAUUGUUUAAUAAGUGCAAUUUUUUACAUGAAAAAUCCUGGAACCCAUCAAAUUACUAAAAACCUAGCUAGAAAUUUACACAUUUUUAAAGAAGAAACAGAAUCGUGAUAUGCUUUUGAAAUCAAUUUGCUUCAUAACAAUUAACAUUGUACUAUCAUUUUUCAGUACAAUAAAUCCUUGAGAAUCAUCAUAUAUUAAAUAUAGUAUUUAAAAAUUAUUUAAACGUUGGAACGAUAAGUGCAAAAUGAGGUACAAAUUUCAAAAUCCAACACUGCUGUUUUAAAUAAUAAUAAAUCAUUUUAAUUUUGUUAGUAACAUUUUAAUUUUACUGAAUUGUUAUUAUUUCAUAUAUGUUUUAUAUUUUUUCACCUCUGUUCAAUUGUAAAGUAAAUGCCGUUCCCAAAUUGUAUUUCACUUACAUUCAAAUUAUUAGAAAAUUAGUCAUUGACAACCAAUUCAAAAUUUAAAGUCAAAGAUAUAUAUAAGAAAAAAGUGUACAAAAGGAAGGUGCCUUUAAACUGAUAACAUAAUUCAAUGAUUGGGAAAAGCAUUUACUCACCUAUAAUUUUGUGUUUUAUUUUUCUCCUUGUUUAGUAGCUCCUAAUGUAUGAAUAUUGUUUUAUUUUGGAUUGCCUUAUAUUAAAAUGACUUGAUUUAUUAUUUUUUACUGUUUAUCAAAUAAUGUUUGUGAAAUGGAUUGAGAUAAUAUGUUGUUUUUUUAAGUAUUCAUUCACUACUCAUGAGGGAGAAUAUCACUCAACUGAAAAAUUCAGUGGACCAGUAUUUAUUAGUAGUAAAUAAAUUAAGCAUCUGUGUUUCCCACUUCUUUUCGGUUUGGUCAUAGCUCUUGAGUUCAAAUUAUAUGGUUCAAUGUAUUACUUAUGUUUUAUAUUGUUUAGGUUUUUGACAUUUAUUGCUAUGCAAAAUAUUUGAAUAAAUUUUAUAAACAAUUUUAUAAUGCAUAACGAGUAUGUAUGAAUGUCAAUUCAAAUUACCUGAUUAAUUGUAUUUUGAAUUUUCAAAUAAAGUUUUUCUAAUAUAAAGUAA